ACGCGGGACAGAGAACAGAGACUGUACACAGCGGUGCAGAGACACUCUGUGCCCGCGCAGCAUUUCAAGAAGUCUCCCCCUCGCUGUUCUGAACUCUCUCCCAGAUUUAGAUGAGUUUACAAAGACCAAAAGACACAGGAAAUGAACUAGACCAUUCGUCCCAUCGGGAAGAAGGCGAGAUGUACAGACUGAUCACCACCCUCGCCCUCCUGGUGGGCGUCCACCCCACGUCAGCCGUCAGCGGAGGACUCCGGGGCAAGUCCCUCAUCUUCUCCCAGCCGUCCUCCACCUCCUACGUGAAGCUGCUGCCGCGCCGUUUCCCCGAGUUGAGGUCCUUCACUCUGUGCCUGCUCUCGGCCACGGAGUUAACACGCAACCACGCCCUGUUCUCCUACGCCACGCCCGACAACGCCAACCAGCUGCUCUUCUGGGUGCUGGAGCUCGCGGCCCAGCAGAUCCCCUUCGAGCUGCCGGACCCGGGAUCGCUACUCCGUCACCUCUGCGUCAGCUGGGAGUCGGAGACGGGACGGAUCACCCUGUGGGCAGACGGCAGGCGGAGCUUGGUGAAGACGGCCCGGCAGGGGCAGAAGGUGACGGGUGGUGGGGUGGUCAUCCUGGGUCAGGAGCAAGACCAGGUGGGGGGUGGCUUUGACGCGAAGCAGUCCUUCGUGGGCGAGCUGUCCCAGGUCAACCUGUGGGACCGGGUGCUUGGGCAGAGGGAGGUCAGUGAGAUCAACCGGGGUUGUGGGUGCCUCGGGGGAAACGUCAUCGAUUGGUCCACGGUGGCGUUCGAGAGCAGAGGGACGGUGGGGAUCAGUGAUAGUCCGGAGUGUGAGUUGUGAGGGGAGGCGUAGGGAGCAGUGGGUUGGGACUGAAUAGCUGAAUGAAGUUGAAGUGAACUGGA